GUCCAGCACUGCGCCAUCGCCAGUGACGUUAGCUCGGUGGAUAGAAGAAAGCUAGCUCACUGCUCAGGGGGAGCGACUAGCUUGUGCUCAGUAAGGACGACCUAACACAUUUGACCGAUUUUACAGAAAGCAAGACAUUUUACUCGUAAAGGUCGUGUAUAAAUCGCGAGGGGCGCGGGUGAAGGUCGAGACACCAGCCCAAACUGAUCCCAGCCCACAGUGUCAAACAUCAGACAGACGACAACCCUUCACACAGACGCUAUGGAUCGUUCACCAACCACCUCCAGCCUGAUGGCCAGCAGCAACGUCACCAACAAGACCGACCCACGCUCCCUUAACUCCCGGGUCUUCAUUGGCAACCUCAACACCCUGCUGGUCACCAAGGCGGAUGUUGAGGCCAUCUUCUCCAAAUAUGGCAAGGUCGUCGGCUGCUCUGUCCACAAGGGCUACGCCUUCGUUCAGUUCGCCAACGAGAGGAACGCCCGAGCUGCCGUCAACGGCGAGGACGGGAGGAUGAUUGUCGGGCAAGUACUUGACAUCAACCUGGCCGGAGAACCCAAACCUCACAGGUCAAAAACUACCAAACGCUCAGCUGGAGACAUGUACAGCAGCAGUAGCUCAUUUGAACUCGACUAUGACUUUCAGAGAGAUUAUUACGACAGAAUGUACUCGUACCCCUCCCGUGUUCCCGCUCCCCCUCCCCCUUUGUCGCGGGCCGUGAUCCCAUCCAAGCGCCCUCGGGUCAGUCUGAGCGGAGGAAGCAGCCGGCGGACCAAGAGCAGCUUCUCUUCCUCCAAGAGCAGUCAGAGGACUUCCUCAUCCAGAGCAAUGAAAGUUGACGAGCUGCAAACCAUCAAGCGGGAGUUGACUCAGAUCAAAAGCAAAGUGGAUGACCUGCUGGAUAGCCUGGAACGCAUGGAGAAGGACCACAGCAAGAAGUCAGAAGCUAAGGGUACAAAAACGGAGCCAGGAGAGGUGACUUCACCUCCGCACACAAGCAACAAGAAGGAGGAUGGGAUUAAGAGAGAGAGGGAGAGCCAGGAGACAAACGACUCUGACGAGGAGGAAGAGGAGGAGGGAGACCUGCUGGAGGAGGAAGAGGUGAAGAGUCAAGAGAGGGAGGAUGAAGAGGACGAUGACGAGGAGGAGGAAGGAGAGCACGUUGAAGGUGACGACGAUGCGGACAGUGUCAAUGGCGAAGAGGACUCGUAGGCAUGGACCGCACGGACGCAUGCAGCGUACACACAGCUUCCAGUAGGAACUCGGACUCCUGUUUUAACACUCAUGUUGUAGAUACAAAAAGCAAACACGUGCACGCACACACACACACACACACACACACACACACACACACACACACAAGCAUGGUGCACAUUCUGUUGUCCCAUUGUCCCUAAAACUGAUUUGUUUGGGUUUUGGUUUUUUUUGUUUUGUUUAUUUUGGCCAGUUGUCCAGUGUUACUGUAACAGGAAUAACUAGCUGUAGGUUUCGGUGUGUGUUUUUACUGCGUCGUUACAUGGACUCUUAAUGUUCUCAGAGACGACAGCUCGACGGACAUGUCUUAAUGCGAGGACGAAAAUUCAGCUACAAAAGCCCGUUUUUAGGUUCAAUACGUUUUGUUUUCCUCAUCGGUGAGUUUGUUUGACCUUGUGUGUCUGUAUGUUGAUGUCAGUUUUUUAUACUAUUCAGUUUCAAUUUAACUGUAAAGGAAUAAAUUGCAAUAAAAUAUUAAAAUGAGAA